AUGUCAACGAGCGCAAGUGAGCAACGAAUUGAGGAGAUCACAAGUGCCUUAAAGGAACAAGUGGACAAGAUACCCGAGAGACAGUUUAUUCCCCGUCAGUUGGAUAAGCUGUCAUCAGAGUCCAACGGGAAACAAUAUAAUCUAGAGAGUUCAAGUGCUAAUCUGAUCAUCUCAAAGGGAGAAACAGUCAUCAACACACUCAGUCCAAGAGAACAAGAAAGAGAAGAUGAAUUGAUAUUGGAGGGAUACAAGCACUUGUUUGACAAUCAAUUCAUGCAGGCAAAGGCUAUCUUUGAAGAGAAGGCAGACAGAGAUCCGCUUAGUGCCCUGGCAUUAUCUACCAUGGCAUUUUUAAAAGCUAUCAUGACUUGUGGAGAACAAGAUCAUAAUAUGGCAUUAAAGGCACUACAUACAACCUAUGAUAUAGCAUAUUCACAAAUAGACGCCUUUAAGCGGCCCUCAAAGGUGAUGAGCUACUUUGCCGGAUACUAUAAUUACUUGAGAAACAAGGAAGACAUAUCUCAGACAGCUCCCAGUAGUCGUCCUUCCACUGAAUAUCCUCCUAAUGGAGUACUAAGAGCACAUGUUGUCAAGGCAGAGUGCUCACUUCAGAUUGCUAUUUUAAACUUACUUCAUGAAUCAGUUUUAGACUAUCUCAAGUGUGUUGUGUAUUUGAAAAGAGCAUACAAUUCUUAUAGCUAUGUCUGGCAAGAGUAUCAAAAAAUGGGUGCAGACCAUUCAACCUUUAUGGAUGCCAAUACUAUAUCAUGCCUUCAGUUUGGUGUUGGUUCCGUUCAUUUGAUCUUAUCUGCAUUACCAGCAAAGGUUUUGAAUGCCAUUUAUGCUUUUGGCUGGAAACCUGAUAAACAACUAGGCUUUCUUUUGUUAAAUCAAUGCGUCGAAAGUAAAGGAGUGAGGUCUUCAAUGGCCACUGUGAUGAUGCUGACAUAUUAUUCACUUGCCAUAUCAUCUGCCCCGCGUAUUCUCUCAGACACAUAUAAAAAGACAGCCAUGAAGAUGCUAUUAGACGCUCAACAGCAUAAUACAAAUUCUGUUCUUUACCUGUACUUUGCUGGCACCAUGGCUCGCCUUGGCUCAGACCUGCCAUUGUCGACACAGUCUUUCUUACAUACAACAGAACUAAGUCGUAAAGAAUGGGCAGAAGUAGCCCUUUCGAAUGCAUGUCGACUUGAAAUUGCCAUUAAUCACAUGAUUACAGGUAAUUGGAGCCAUGCUGCCAGUGCCUUCAAUUAUCUGUUUGAGCAAAGAUACGGGUCUCCUGCGUUCUAUCGAUAUAUGCAAGGUGCUUGCUAUGAAAUGAUAGGAGAGAGAGCACAGGCUAUUAUCUUGUUUGCAGAGGUUCCCAAGUUGGUAGUCAAGAAGUUAGGUGGUCGCUUAUCAGAUAUAGAUGCCUAUGUGCUUCGUAAGGUAAACAUGUUUCAGAAGAGUGGAUUUCAAAAUUUGGACUUUUUUGUGCCUGCACUGGAAUAUAUGUCUAUUUGGAAUCUGCUUCCUUACAUGACACAUGAAUUACUUGAGGUAUCAUUGGAACGACUCAAUCGUGGGCUGACUGCUAUUCAAAAAUGCGAAGAAUUAGAACAGGAAGAACGAAUGCAAGAAAUCGCUACAGAGAAACCACUGCCAGAUUAUUUUAAUGAAUUCGCUUCUCUUUUCGUAGUCAAGGCAACCGUUUUAAAUAUUCUUGGUCGCCCAGAGGAAACGGCUUUGGAUCUAAACUGGGUUAUUGAUCAUCAAGAUUGUAUCUUGGACGAUACUUGGACUGUACCCUUUGCCUUAUGGGAGGCAGGUAUUUCAUGCUGGAUACUUGACACUAAAGAGAAAAGCCAGCAGGUCUGGAAAAAGGCAGUAGACUAUAGUCGAUUUGACUUUGAACAUCGAUUGGCUAUCCGUUUAACAUUGGCUCUUACUCACAUCGAAGACUUCACAAAGGAACAAAGCUAA